AUGGGCCUGAAGCGGUGGACGUGCGCCCCCUGGAUGCGGGUGGGAGUCCUCGCCCUUCUUCUGGUGGGCCUUGACGCAGCCUCGACGACGCCUCGCGGGAGCCGUGACGCCGACUGCGAGACGCCGGGCGUCCCUGUGAGCGAGGGCGCCGAGCUGGCCGACGCGGUCGUCGUCAAGGCCGCCGAUAUCCCCGAAGAAAAAAUCACCUACGAGGGCGCACAAGUCUGGAGGGUCUCAGCAGGGGAGGACCAGACGGAGUUCGUGUCGUACCUCCAAGAAACCGGAGAGGUUGCCACAUGGAUCGGGAACCAGACCAUGGUGGACGUCCUGGUGAGGCCCGACGCCAUUUCCAGGGUUUCCCGCUUCCUCAGGGACCGCCACGUCAAGUACGACGUCGUCAUCCCUGAUCUGCAGCAAGCCAUCGACCAGGAGAACCCGACUCCUCCACCGGAGAUCCUCGAGGAGCUAGAGGGGAGGAAAGGGCACAGAAUGGAAUGGAGCAGUUACCAUCGACUCGAAGACAUACAUGGGUACCUGGAUUACCUGGCGCAAACUUUCCCGGAUGUAUGCUCGGUAAUGACCAUCGGAACUUCGGUGGAAGGUCGACCCCUUAAGGUACUUAGGAUUAGCAAAGGGGAACCAGGUGUACCUUCGAUUUGGCUGGACGGUGGAAUUCAUGCUCGAGAAUGGAUCUCCCCUGCCGCAGUGACCUACGUUAUUGACUACCUUGUGGAGAACAGCGAAGAUUUGGAGGCUGACUACUACAUCCUUCCCGUCGUCAAUCCGGAUGGGUACGAGUAUACCUUCCGAGGCGACCGUCUCUGGCGUAAGAAUCGAAGCAGCCCUGAAAAAGGAGGAGUCUGCAUCGGCGUCGACUUGAACCGCAAUUUCGGGUACCGAUGGGGAGGUCUGGGCACCAGCAAGCAGCCUUGCAGGGAAAUUUACGCAGGAACGGGACCUUUCUCCGAACCGGAGACCAGGGCCAUCAAGAACUUCUUCGAGGCUAGCUCGGCGAAUUUCCAGGCGUACCUGACAUUCCACAGCUAUGGACAGUACAUUCUCUACCCCUGGGGCUACGAUAAGCGCGUACCGCCCGAUUACGCCGACCUGGAGAAAAUUGGACAACGAGCCGCAGCGGCCAUGAAGGCCGUCGGGGGUGGAAGUCUCUACACCGUGGGAAACAGCGCGACCACCCUCUACGCGGCUUCAGGGGGUGCCGACGACUGGGCCAAGGCGAUCCUGAAGGUGAAAUACGCCUAUACGAUCGAGUUGAGAGACAAAGGCAGAAAUGGAUUCGUCCUUCCGGCACAUUUCAUCAUCCCCACCGCGAAGGAAGCCCUCGCCGCCGUCCAGGAAGUGACCAGAGCCUGCACUAAGCUCCUGAAACGCGAGCGCUAA